AUGGCGACAGAUGUCACUGGCUUAAACAAUGUUCUGCAACUGACCGAAGGUAUCCAAACACUAGGAACGAUUCGCUGGGAGCUAUUACUAGGGGAAUUGGCCACCUCCAUCGUCAUCUUUCUUUGUCUUUUCAAAGGAAUUCACUCCUCAGGAAAGGUGAUGUACGUGAUGGCCACAAUUCCCUACGUGUUCCUCACAGCUCUGUUGAUCCGGGGUUUUACGCUCCCAGGGUCCUUACAGGGACUCAAGUACUACAUGGUGCCUCGAUGGGAGGAACUCCUCAAAUUAUCAGUUUGGGUGGAUGCCGCAGCACAGACAUUCUACUCUCUAAGUCUGCCUUCUGGAGCUCUGAUCGUAUUGGCCAGCCACAACAAAUUCCACAACAACAUUUAUAGGGAUGCUAUAAUAAUCCCGAUGUUUGAUGCCUUCACCAGCUGGUUCGCUGGAUGCGUUAUAUUUGUAACACUCGGAUACAUGGCGCAGAAGGCCAACCUGUCAAUGGAGGAUGUAAUCGAUCAGGGUCCUGGCGUGGCGUUCAUAGUAUACCCAGAGGCCUUGUCUACUCUGCAGCUCCCUCAACUAUGGUCUGCUCUCUUCUUCCUUAUGUUGUUUACAGUGGGAUUGGACUCGCAGAUUGUUCAAAUCCAAAUCCUGUACACAGGACUAACAGACAAAUGGCCGAGUACAUUCGGCCGUCAUGGACUAUUGACUCUAGCUGUCAUUCUAGUGAUAUCCGGGGUAUGCGGUAUAGUAUUCGUCACGCAGGGUGGUAUGUACGUAGUACAGCUGACAGACUGGUACCUUUCGAGUGUGUCAAUCCUGUUACUAGUAGGGACGGAAGUUAUUGUUUUAGCCUGGAUAUACGGAUACUUCAGACCAAAUCUUGACCAGGUCCUAGCUCCUGUCAUUCCUACAGAAGAAGAAUGA